AUGUCGUCGCAGAAGCGCGGCAACGCUUUCAAUCACUACGGAGACCGGAAUCAGCAUUCUAACAAGAAAUCGCGUAUUAGCCAACCCACAUACAACACGGCAUCUUAUGACGAUCGCAGCUCCAAACAGUACAACAGGCCUCAGCAGCGGGGCAAUUUCACUCCACAGCACCGCAACGAUGGAUCUCCAAGUCCGCCUGAGCUCUCGGCCGCUGAAAUGCAGACCGGCCUUGUAGCCUUGCUAGACAGAUUUGUCGCUGCAGAGAUGACGCCAGACGCAGACAAGGACAUUCUUUACCAUGCGCGAGAGCUGCGCAGACUCGUUGCCUCACGCAAUGAGAAGUCUGUAUCUGCCCAAGCUAAGCGCGAUUUAGACGAGAAGCGCCCAGACAAAGCAGCGAACGUCACUGUGCCGGACUACAUCCAUCGCAAAGUUGUGGCAGCCAAAGAGCUCCCACCAAUACCUCCAGUCACAGAGCCCCACCUCCAAGAAGCCGUCUUCACCCACCGAUCCAUACACGCGAACAACGUCAACGUACACCAACACGUCGACUUCGGCCUAGACUACGAGCGCCUCGAGUACCUGGGCGACGCCUACAUCGAACUCAUCGCUUCUCGUGCCCUCUACAACCGCUUCCCACACGUCGACGUCCCUCAACUGUGCUCAUGGCGUGAGCGACUCGUCGAGAAUGUAGCGCUAGCCAAGUUCUCCGAAGCCUAUGGAUUUCCCGAUCAGCUGAAGCGCAAGGUCGAGUUCGAUAAAAAUUCGAAAGCAUGGAGGAAGGUCGUGGCCGAUAUCUUUGAGGCGUACGUCGCUGGCGUCGUGCUCUCAGAUCCUGAGAACGGUUUCGCGACAGCAGAGAAGUGGCUCGACGAGCUCUGGGCUUCACAGCUGCUCAACUUCCAGGAAAAGGUUGUCGAGAAUGCACGUGCGAGAGACGAUUUGCAGAAACUCCUUGUCGUCAAUGGCAUCCAGCUCAAUUACAAAGAAGAGAAGCCGAUGAUCAUGGAACAAGGAGUACAGAAAUACUACCUCGGCGUCUAUCUCACGGGCUGGGGCUACGAGGACGAAUGGCUGGGCAGCGGCGACGGCCAGAAGAAGGCGCAAGCGUGCAUCUCGGCGGCCACAGAUGCUAUCAAGCGAAACAGUGCGGCGCUGCAGAGUGCAGCCCAGCAGAAAAAGGAGCUAAUGGAGGUAAGGGCAAAGGAAAGGGGAGAACAGGCGCAAGCUGAGGCAGCCGAGAUUGGCAAAGGUGAGGACGACGAUGAUGGAAAGGCACCUGAGGUAAAGUCCGCGGGGAUGCUGGACCACACUUCCGAUAGUGCGAAGAAGCGGAAAAGCGAUAGGUCUAACGAGUCGGAGAAGAAGAGCAAGAAGCACAAAAAGGACAAGAAAGAGAAGAGGGAGAAGCAUCACGAGGACUAG